AUGGCACCCAUCGUUCACAUCAUCGACCCGGAUCCGGAUACCGUCAUAGUGCUCAAAAAUCCGUGUACAAUCUUUGCGCCUUGCGAUCCGGAAGAAGCAAGUCCAAAGCAAGCCAUGUGCGGAGGACCAGUGCGUGUAUAUUACAAGAAGAUGAAGAAGAAGAAAGGGAAGAAGUUGGGUGAUGAGCACCCACAACCAUCCACGUCUCCACUUCAUCAGGAACCUGCACUUGUCGAGACUCCUGCAGACAGCAGCAUGUUUAACUUGGAUGGAGGGUCCACCGCGCUUGCAGAACCUUCCUCUGCUGUGCAGCGUAUGCCGUCACCGAUCUUACCGGAAGAGCCUGAGGAGGAGUCGAUUCAUUACCAUGUGUCAUCACGCCACCUGAUACUUGCAUCGGCUGCAUUCAAGCGAAUGUUAGCACGAGACGGGUUCGCCGAGUCUGUUCGCAACGAAGCCGAUGGACUUUACCACAUCACGGCUCACGACUGGGAUGCCGAAGCCUUCCUCAUUGUUCUGCGUAUUGUUCACGGUCGCAAUAAGCUGAUUCCACGAGAAGUGUCCUUGGAGAUGCUUGCCAAAAUUGCUGUGCUAGAGGACUACUACAACUUCGGAGAGGCUCUCGAUGUGUUCACUGAGGUGUGGAUCCGGGAGCUUACACAGAGACCUAUACCCCAAAUGCACGGUAGAGAUCUGGUUUUGUGGAUCUGGGUUGCAUGGGUGUUUGGUAUUGAACAACAGUUCACGAAAGCCACGGCAACAUCCAUUAAGCAGAUCACUCAGUCCUUCAGGACAUUGGAUCUCCCCAUUCCUGCGAUAGUAUCAGGUACGUGGAUUUACAAAUCGCUACAGCCAGACAUGUUCUUACGCACAGCAGAUGAGAUCGACUCCAGGCGAUACCUGGCAAUCGAGUCUCUUCUUCAGGGCCUCUACAAGCGUCUUGAGAUGUAUCGAGCGACAAAUUAUCAAUGCCGGUACAAUGGGGAUCCUAAUAUCUCUUUCUCGUGUGGCGCUUUUCUUCUCGGAAGUUUGAUGAAGGGAUUAAGUUGUAUGGGUCUUGAUCAGCCUCGACCUGAGAUCCCGUUCCGAGAUCUGAGCUUCAGCGUACUUUGCGACCAGUUGCAGAAUAUGGAUUCGGCGCAAUGGAUGCCUUCCAUAGGUUACGACUACCAUCCAUGUAACCUGCAAGCAGAAUUGGAGCAUCUUACAACAGAUGUAUCGGGUUCAAUCCAAGGCUUGAGCUUGAGCGAACUCAAACAUAGGUAG